AUGGUCAGAGGACAUCUGUAUAGAUACGAGGCCGUCUUGUUGAGAGACAGAUUCGAUCAGAACAAGAAUGAAUGCGACAUGGUGAAGGCCAAGCAGAUGUUGGAAGAUGGUGAAAAAGAACUCUUCGAAAAUUUGCACCCCCAGCCAUUCAAAUUUCCAAACUCUCCUGGUGGGAUAGCAUUUGAAAGGGAGGUUUACUACCCAGAUUGGAUGCUAGACAUGUGGCAUCCAUUGGAAAGACUCCAAUAUCCGGAAUAUUUCAAAAAGCGCGAACAGAGGAAAUUAGAAUACAUAGAUAGGUGGGAGAAAAAGUAUGGAAAGGCGGAGAUGAAUGACGGCCACUAA